UUGUCCACAUGUGCAGAAAAACGAGAAAUAGAGGUUUCUGUGAUUGUUGAAAAUGUUUCGAAGGAUGUUGAUCGAAAACAACAAAACAGGUGUAAUAAAUUGUCAACUAUACUUAAAUUGCCUGGUUCAAUAGACUAUGAUAGUAUUGAAAAUUUGAAUAGCGAUGACGAGAUAACUGAAGACAGAACUCGUGAUAAUUUACAGGAUAUUUCAAAAUCACCUGAUGCCAAUAAUUAUAAUAAUAUCGAAGAUGUUAGUGACAACGGGGAUGAUAAGGAUUAUAGUCCUUCUAAUGACAAUUCAAGCGAUUCGGAAGGAUCUGAUAAUUAUUCAUUAGAGGUUUGCAUAGACGAGGAACAGGAAUUAGAAGAUGAAAAUGAAGAUACAGAAAACGAAACUUUAGACGCAGAAGAGGCAUUGCCCGACCGCCAAACUAACAAGAACGAUGACGAUGAGUGGGAAGACAUAUUGGAGAGUCCCGUAAAUUUUGAUGAAUUUGUUGGGGAAAAUACUUACAAUAUACCGCCGUUUGUAAAAUCACCUGAAGAUGUAUAUAAGUUAUUUGUAACAGAUGAGAUGAUCAAUAAAAUGACAUUGGAGACAAACAAUUAUGCACAAAACUAUUUACGAACAAACCAACAAAAUAUAAAACGUAAAUCACGUAUGAAAGAGUGGACUAAUACUAGUUUUCAGGAAAUGAAAACAUUUCUGGCAGUUGUGAUGGCAAUGGGUUUAUGUAAAGUACCUCAUAUAAAUUUGUAUUGGAGCAAGAACAAAUUAUACAGAAACGAAUUUAUACGUUCAGCAAUGACAAGAGACAGAUUUUUACUCCUAUUAAAAUGCUGGCAUGUCAGUGAUGUCUCAAAUGAUGAUAAAACUGACAAACUACAUAAAAUCAGAGAUAUGCUUUCGAUGAUCACUGACAAAUUUCAGAAUAUAUUAAACCCCGGAAAAUAUGUAGUAAUUGAUGAGACAAUGAUACCCUGGAGAGGGCGAUUAGGUUUCCGUCAGUAUAUAAAAAACAAAUCUCACCGAUAUGGCGUUAAGCUGUACAAACUUUGCACCCCCGAAGGUUAUACCUACCAAAUAGAGAUUUAUACAGGUAAAAAAGAUCAGAAGCGAGAAGUCGAUCACAGUCAGAAAGUAGUAUUAAAAUUGAUGAACAAUUUGACAGAAGAGGGAAGAAUCGUAAUAGUAGAUAAUUUCUAUACUUCGUUGAGUCUGGCAGAAAAACUCCUAUCACAAAAAACUUUUCUAUGUGGAACUUUAAACAUAAGAAGAAAAUAUUUGCCAAAGAAAGUUAUUAAUGCGAAAAUAAAAAAGGGCCAGAUUAUUGGAAAAAUGAACAAAAAGGGCGUGAAAAUAUUGCACUGGGUAGAUAAAAGAAAAGUUUUAAUGUUGACUACGUGCAAAGAUCAUGACGAUAAACUAAUAGAUACUGGGAAAAAGAAGAGAGGCACUAACGAAAGUAUUAAAAAACCCGGAUGUGUUAUAAUGUACAAUGAAACAAAAAAGGGAAUUGACUACAGUGAUCAAAUGUCUUCGUAUUAUACAACAUUAAAGAAAGGAAUUAAAUGGUGGAGGAAAGUAAUAAUGGAGCUAAUAUUUGGUACAGCCCUUAUUAACGCCUGGAUUGUGUAUAAUUCAAUUAAUGAUGAUAGAAAUAAAAUGCCAAAGAGACUAUUUGUGGAACAAGUUAUUGAAGCUUUUACAAAGAAAGACUUGGACGUGGAUACAGAAGCCACUGCAAACAAUGCACAUCAUCUCGAAAAGGGAUCAAAGAAGAGGAGAUGUGUAGGAUGUUACGAUAAACUCCGCGCCUUCUUGACAAGUCGUGAGGCUGACAAGAAAGUGAAGAAAAUUCUCACAGAAUGCACUAGUUGCAAAAAAUAUUAUUGCUUGACGUGUUUUAAUGAAAAACAUCCAUAA